CGUCUGUCUCCCCCGGUCAACAUGGUCCUGCUAACGAUGAUCGCCCGAGUGGCUGACGGACUCCCGCUGGCUGCCUCCAUGCAGGAGGACGAACAGUCAGGCAGGGACCUGCAGCAGUACCAGAACCAGGCCAAGCAGUUGUUCCGCAAGCUGAAUGAACAGUCUCCAACGCGGUGCACCCUGGAGGCAGGAGCCAUGACCUUCCACUAUCUGAUUGAGAAAGGUGUUUGUUAUCUGGUUCUCUGUGAAGCUGCUUUCCCCAAGAAGCUGGCCUUUGCUUAUCUGGAAGAUCUGUUUUCUGAAUUUGACGAACAACAUGGGAAGAAAGUGCCCACCGUGUCACGGCCAUACUCCUUUAUAGAGUUCGAUAACUACAUCCAGAAGACAAAGAAGUCAUACAUCGACAGCCGAGCCAGAAGAAAUCUUAGUUCUGUUAACACUGAGCUGCAGGAUGUGCAGAGAAUCAUGGUUGCUAAUAUUGAAGAAGUUUUGCUUCGGGGAGAAGCACUUUCAGCUUUGGAUUCGAAGGCCAGCAACCUGUCAACCUUGUCAAAGAAGUACCGCCAAGAUGCAAAGUACCUGAACAUGCGCUCCACUUACGCCAAGCUGGCCGCCGUAGCAGUCUUCUCCGUCAUGCUCAUUGUGUAUAUCCGAUUCUGGUGGUUGUGAAGCGAGGAAGACGGAGAUAAAAUACUGUGAAGAUGAGAGAGGGUUGGGGGAGUGUUUGCCAAGGUCUUAACCCUCUCACUGCUAGUGGCCAUCUCUGCAGUGAUGCGGUUAAUGGAUUUUGCACAUAACAGUGUGCGUAGAGAUCACUGAUGCUCUGGCCUCACAGCUGGCUUGUAGGGAACAUAAACAUUAAAAGUAGUGCUCCUUUUCCAAUGGCCAGCUAGGAGUAAGAAUGCACAUGGCUUAGUUCCUUUAUCUUGUCAUCUCUGCACAGCCACCCUGGACUGGUUCCUAGGAACCCUCCCUUGCUAUCUGACAGCGUAUUCUUGGUUGCUCUCCUAUCCCUUUUAGGCUACUAAUAUAAUAAGCAGGUUUCUACUACUCCAGAAGAAGCCACUUUGCUCCCAGUGUCUGCUCCACAGGCCUUGUAGGGGAUAAACAGAUCCAUUUCAAUGGGAUAAAUAUCAGAAGAAACAAGCUUGCAUACUAGGAUAUUGCAGCUCACCAAGAACACACAGGAUCUGGGGAAACCAAGUAGUUAUAUAAUUAUACUGCAAGUUGCCAAUUAUUAAAGGGAUUUUACAUGUAAUAAAACUGACACUGCUGUUUCAUAGCAGGGUGUGGGGGGGGGGGGGGAGGUAGAACUUUAAAGACUUGCCCAAGUAUCGCACUGAGCUGCAUUCAGCAGGAAGAAAACAGUUGUCUCAGUCUAAUAAAUGAUACAUAUUAUCUACCAUUA